UUGUCUAAUGGAAAUUGCCAUAGUGGUCAUCCUCAUACUCAUCCAGGACGAGUAUGGGGAAUUCUUCAUAUUAUGAAGUACCAACAUUGGCGUCAGGUCAAGAGAAGGCUUACACAUAGAAGGCAUGGUUGUGGAAGACAUGAUGGAAGUGCUGAAAUUCCAGGAACUUCUGAUGAUUCUAGGGCUGACCAUACGCCAGCAAAUUACAAGACGCAAACAUCAUUAUCUAAUGUUGAACAAAAACUGGAAAACUCCAGUUCACCAGCCAAAAACUCUAUCAGAUCCCGACUAAGAUCACUUCUUAAUGAUGAUAUAUACAAAAAGGGUCGACACAAGAGAAGCUCAACCUGCCCUGCAAAGUCAAACCUAAAUCGUGCUGAUUCUUCUCAAAACAUGGAGGUUGAUCCACUUAGUGAACUGUUACUAGCUGUGGAGAGCCCUGAACCAGUCAUAGGAACCUUUCAAGACCAUCUUGCUGCUGGCACACUGGAUAUGUUGUCACCAGUUUUCUCUGAGAAACCAAUUUCCAACCAUGACAAAUGUGUAGAUUGUGGCACAAUGUUCUCUAGUGACAUCUUGGAACAUAGGAAGAUUCAUAAGCACUUCUCUCCUAAUCAAGCUGGCCCUGAAGAGAAGUCAAUGAACGCAAAGAUACUCACAACUGAUGCUUCACCCCAUCUUUUCAAGGACUUUCUUGAUGCAUUGGAUUUGAUCAACACAAACAAGGACUUCCUAUUAGAAUAUAUACAGGAUCCAGGAUCUCCUUUGCCAUUCCACACUCAACAAUCUCACAGUGGUCAACUGAGACGAGUCAAAUCUCUCUCAUUUCCUGUAUCUGCCUCAUCAUCAGGAAGACAUGAUCCUGAUGCAGGUCAACUCAUAAACCAAAUGGUAGAUGACUUGUUCCAUGCAGAAGAAGGCAAGUCACAAGUUCAAAGUAACAUGCAAAAUGCAUCCAUGAAUGAGUGUUCAAAAACUCUUCACCAACACUCCAUGCCAUCAAGUUCUUCACAUAAUUUUGAUCUAUGGUGUGAAAGAAAUAAUGGUUCUUCAUCAGUUUCAUCCCAGGUUCCCACCAAUGUGAAAACUAGGCAUUUCAGGGAUCUUAGAAAGAAAAUGAAGCACUUAAUUGAAGAGGGAAGAAAUGAAAAGAAUCGCAUUACCAUGGAUGCUAUACUUGACAAAAUUCCUCGCGGAAGAAAGUUUACCAAAAAUGUAAAGAAGUUGAUGCAUGACCAAUCCAAAGAUCACACAACUAAUGGGGAAGGUGAAGACAGUAGAACAAGUGGUUUUGGUAGCCGUCUCUAUUCUAGAUCCUUCAACAAGCGUCAACCAUCACCCAUGAGAACUUCAUCUUUAAGAGAAUCAGCUGGUAGAUAUUCUCAGCUAUAUGAUACUUGUUUUAACAGUGAAGCCAAGUAUCCUAAGACUGAGAACUUGAGAUUGAGAACAGAAGAGAGAAAUUCUGUAUUAAAGACUCCAAAAUCCUUUAAAAGGUUUCUCUCAAUGCCUAAUUUAAAAUCUUACUUUCACCAGAAUGAGGAGCCUCUUUCUGUUCUUUUAUCCCCACAGAAUUCAAUGAAGAAAUAUGAAGAUAGAACAACCAACACCAGUGUCAUUGAUCAGAAGCAAAGUAGGUUUGACCAUACUGAUGACUCAAAUAGUCAUAUUUUACCUCCUACACUUGCUGAUAACACAAAUGAAGAAAGCAGUUUGAAUGCUGAUCAAAAGCAACUUCUUGUCAUGAGUGCUUCAAAAUCAGGAUUUGAUUUCAGUAAUGAGGAAAAUAUCAUAGGAAUUGAAGGUUUAGCUAACUUCAGAGACAGUGAACAGGAAAUUGGAUGUGAAACAGAAUCUGCUAAUAUGCGGGCGGAGGCAAACUCAGUCCUCUCUUCUGAUACCAGCUUCCUAGAUAUUGCAUUUGAUCUUGAAGAAGAAUCAGACUCAGAAUUAAAUCCAGGGUCAGCUGAUGGAUUGGAUAAUCUGUCUGUGCAAGAAGAGGCUGAAGAGGAUCACCCUGAGGUGAUUGAGAAUUUUCAACCUGAUGAGGAGGUUGAGAAUUUUCAGAACCUUGGAACUCUAAGCCAGCACUUCAACUACGAAAUUCCAUGCAUUGAAGUGGAUGCAAGUCAUAAAGCUGCAUUUAAUUAUGUGAGAAAGGUUUUGGAGCUCUCAGGGUUCACUGGCAAUGACUCCUUUGGGAUAUGGUAUUCUGACAACCAGCCAGUUGAUCCUUCAUUAUAUGAAGAAAUGAAGGGGUGCUUGCUUUUUGAUCCUUAUUGCUCUUGUAAUAGUUGUGAAGGUGAACCAUGCAACCAUAUGCUUCUGUUUGAUGUAAUCAAUGAGGGGUUGUUGGAGAUUUUUGGGGCGUCAUACAGUUAUUAUCCUAGACCCUUGUCUUCUCUAUCCCAUGUUCAUCCACUGCCAGCUGGAGAAAAUGUUCUCCCCAAAGUGUGGACACUUAUUAGCUGGUAUCUCAACACACCAACAAUGGAGCUUUACCCACCAUUGGAUUAUUAUGUGAGCAAAGAUCUUUCAAGAAAUGAUGGCUGGAUGAAUCUCCAAUUUGAUUCUGAAUGUGUGGGACUUGAGCUAGAUGACAUGAUUUUUGAUGAUCUAUUGGAGGAAAUAAUCUCCGACUAACCUAAGUUUUGCUAGCUUAAUUAGUAUUUUCUCUAAGCGAUGAUUGAAUUUUCAUGUAAGAGUUAAUAUAGCAUCUUGUGUUAUUCUUCAUGAUGCAAUUCCUUUUAAGAGGGAAUAGUUCAUAUGGAGUACAUCUGUACAUUAAUCGUGCAUAUUUUACAACCGAAUUGUUUUUUGAAUUUUGUUAUGUGUUUCUAGCAUUUUUCACCCUAUAAAUUCAAUGAUAUUGUACAUUAAAACAGCAAUAU